AUGAGAAAUAAAGAACAAAUAUCUUUACAAAAAUUCACCAAUAAUAAUGAUGAUAGCGGUAGUGGUAGUAACAACGUUCCAUUAUGCAAGAAAAAAUACCUUAAAAGAAAUUUUAAUAAUACUCAACCUGAACAAACAAUCGGAAAGUCUCAAAUAAUUGGUUGUGAUAAAAAAGAGAACAAAGAUCUUUUUUCAAUGACAAAAGAAGUUGAUUGCAUUCAACAACCAGGAGAAGGAAAAAAUGACGAAAAAGAAUUAUUAACAACGGAACAGAAAGAUGAAAAUGGCAAAGAUGAAAGAUUAGCAAAAAUGCCUGAAGAAAUCGAGAGAACUCUAGAACGAAUGGAAUUUGUAAAAGAAAAUAAGGAGGCGGUGGCAUUAUUAGAGGAGAAGGAAGGAACAAUAUCUGAAAAUUUACAAAAACUAGAAGGAUCGACUUUAUUAGAAUCAAAUAAUGAUAAUAUUAGUCAUAAUGUUACUGAUACUGUUAAUUAUGUUAUUGGUGAUAUUAAUCAUAAUACUUUGGACCAUAGUAAUGAUAAUAUAAAUACCUUUUCAGUAUUUCAAAAUCAAUUUCAAAAUCAAGUUAAUAAAAAAGUUGAUUGUCCUUUGGAUGAAGGAUGGAUUUAUAUUAAAAAUAUUAGCGAGGAUGAAUCAGGUGACGACAUGAUGAGUUAUGAAGGUGAAUAUUCAAUUUACUUUAUAUUCUCUUAUAUUAGUGUGUUAAAUUCAUAA